AUGUUUGUGCUGCACGUGAUGGUUCUACUGCUGACUGUCGCAGCCAUGUCCGAGGCUGUAGUCGUAAAGCGGAGCAAACCUGUCCGAGAGACUAGAUGCUUCUAUAAUAGUGUUUGGUAUAAGAACGGACAACGAAUACCUGAUCCUUGCAACAUUUGCGUCUGUUCCAAUGGCCAAGCGAUUUGUACUUUGAGGGCCUGCCUCUAUGACAAACCUGUCCGAGAGACUAGAUGCUUCUAUAAUAGUGUUUGGUAUGAGAGCGGACAACCAAUACCUGAUCCUUGCAACAUUUGCGUCUGUUCCAAUGGCCAAGCGAUUUGUACUUUGAGGGCCUGCCUCAAUGACACACUGAAUGUGGACAAUUCAGGUUCUACACCCUGA